GUCUGCAGACAAGGAGCCCUCAGCUGCUCAGGAGGGACACAACUACCAUCCUCCCCAUCAUGUGUUGCCCCAAUGGUUUACUUUGACUGCUCCACUGUUCAACCUGGGGUCCCUGGGACUGAGUGUCAAAAGAGCUGCAGCACUCUGGACAUGGGUUGUAUCAGUAGCGGCUGCACAUCGGGCUGCAUGUGCCCUGACGGCCUGGUGUCAGACGGGCAGGGAGGCUGCAUCACGGAGAGCAACUGUCCAUGCCUGCACAACGGACAGGCCUAUCAGCCCGGGCAGACUCUCACUGUGGACUGCAACACCUGCUCCUGCAUUGGAAGGAAGUUCACAUGUACCACCAAUCUCUGUGAUGCAGUGUGUGGUAUCUAUGGUGACGGGCACUUUGUCACGUUUGAUGAUAAGAGGUUUGACUUCAAUGGAGAGUGUGAAUACACACUUCUACAGGACUACUGUGGCGGCGGUCAGAGCAACGGAAGCUUCAGAAUUAUCUCGGAAAAUGUUCCAUGUGGAAGCACAGGAACCACCUGCUCCAAGGCCAUCAAGAUCUACAUGGGGGAUAGUGAAUUCCAAUUAAAAGAUGAGAAAUUCAGCGUGGUAAAGGGCAGCGGUGGAAAAGAUGGUAAAGGUCGGUUACACAAGAUGGGCAUCUACCUGGUGGUGACCAUCAAGCCGGGACUUGUGAUUGUUUGGGACCAGAAGACCAGUCUUUUCAUUAAACUCAACCCGCAGCUCCAG